AUGGCUACAAUGUUAGUUUGCGAUGUGAGUGCAGUUGGAACUGAUACGGACAGAAGAUGUAAGAAGCUUUUAUGUCCUGCUGCAGAGGAUACCAGUUGUGGCAACAUCCACUGUUUCAUGAAUGAUUCUACAGUCACGUUUGAGGUUCUUAAUUUCAAACUGGGAAAAAGUAAGUUCUAUAUUUUAAAAUUUGUAAUUGAUUUCUCGAUUCCAUCUGAUGAGCAAUGUGCCCUUGCGGAGCAGAAAGAAUCCGUAAUUAAAGAUUAGCAGCCGAUAACGGAAAUGUUUAAUUAGAAUUUGUGAGGUACAUUCAAUCAUCUCAUUAUACUUACCAUUAUAUAGCGCGUUGACGAGAUGCGUCACGUUCAGUGUAUCUUGAAUAACUUAGCACAAAAAUCUCAUUGACUUCAGGUUUAGCAGUCCGUGACAAUCGAUCCCAGCCUUGUUUAUAUUCGUUUCAUUGUUGACACAAAACGAAGCCAAAUUUUAGUAAUCUGUUCAUUUGCUUUAUGGGUGACUUACAGAAAUGAAUGUUUGAAAGUGAAACCUCGAGCUCUCUACCCCUUCAGACGAUGCAAAUUUCUUCGUGUUUGGUGUAUUUUAUUACUACAUCUCAAAAACGAAAUUUAUCUGAUCUAGCUUUUUUUCUGUUUUAACCUUCAGGUUAUGUAGGCUUUUUAAUAAUAUACAAUCAAACACUGUGCAAAGUUUCCACUCUGCAAAACAUUGAAAAUGCCGCGAAACUGAUCAACGACACUGUCCCAAAGUACUGUAACAAGACUCUGUGGCAAAAGAUUAACUUAACAUAUGGAAACUCGAGUAGAUUUGGAGUCCAACUUAAGGUAAAAAAACUUACAGAAUACUGAUACAAAGUUCCCUUGGGAAAAUUCCUUACUCAUUUGAUAAACGUGGUGUUCAAAUCGAGAUUGUGGUGACGCGAUCUGCACAUUAGACGGAAAGACUGCACAAAAGACAAAAUUUUCCGUUGGAAGGCGAUAUCGCGAUGUAAUAGAAAAUUCUUCUGCUGGCUGAUUUACAAGGAAUUGUAUAGCAGCUGGAUCCUUUACCCUCUAAGAGCGACCAGUAUCUAAUAUCUCCUCACAAUUUUAACCCCAAAUUAUUGUAUAGAGAACAGUAUGGAGAAUAUGCAUACUGAUGUUGGGGUGGAUCUUAAAAGUUUAUCUUACAUGUCGAUGCGACCUAGUUGUGUACGAGAGAAAUUGUUAGAAAAUCAUGGAGCAAUUUACGAAUUAAGUCAACUUUUUGCUUUCGAGCUAAGAUGAAUUUUCUCUUCUUUCUUCAUUUGUACACAGGAUGAGAUUGAUGGCAUCUUCGUGUUUAGCAUAGGGAAAGUUUCGUUGACAGCCUUCAUGUGCUUGGGAUGGGAAGACUACAGGCAACGCUACGGUAAAAGUUGAUUCAUUCAUUUUUAUAACAUAGCUAGUAAAUUUGUCUAAACCAAUUCAAUUGCUUGAGCGUGCUUCAUAUUCCUAUUGUGCACACUCAUGACUUCAGCAAACAAAUCCCUCGAGAAAAAAAUUUCCAUCGGGUUGAAAACGUUAUAAAACAAUUGGCUCAUACGUUAGCUGUGCGUUCAUCGAGAUAUGAAGCACGCGGGAAGUUUGGAGAGCACGAAAGAUGCGUAAGAGCUGCUCGAGGCGUAGCCGAGAGCAACUCUAGCUUCUUGUUAAUUAUCUUCAGUUUUCUUGCACUCUAAUGAAGCUUAAAAAUCCAAUCGUCUCAACAAUCAUGUUGUUACUUCCUUUUCAGAUAUUCGCGCAUGCUACGAAAACGAAAACUUCCCGAGCAUCUCACCAACAAAUCCUGAAAACCGAAAAACAGCAGAAACAUAUCGCCCUCUGACAUAUUGUGUGGUAGUGACAUUUUUGCUGCUGGAAGUCUUGGUGUGUGCGGUAAUAUAUCUUUGUCUGAAGAGAAAACGCGGGUAAGAUCUGAUGAGGAUGUCUCUCUUUUUGCUUCUGAUUACCCGUUUAGUGUCGCGUUAGUACAUCUCUUUAGAUAUAAAUAUUAACUUGUUGACAGUAGUUGGUUAUGGUCAGGGUUAACGUUCCCAAUUUGCUUAGCGGUUCUGCAUAAAACAAUGGUUACCCGUUAAAGGCGCGAGAUACUCGACGAGUCAGUUAGUUAACGCUCGCUAGAUUUCAAGCGGGAUCUCGCAUUUAAGACAUCGUGAAGUGCGAUUCUUCCCUCCCUUUUGGCAUUCGCAAGUGUGUGAUCUCUGAUCAUGACUGAUCGGAAAUAAUUAAACAGUAUGAAAUCGGACAAAUCUAAGACAAUAUGUCGAACAUAUUCAGUUGUUUUACAGCCUCUCGUCUAAUAGGCUGUUCAAAUAAGGAACGAUGUUGUUUCAUGUGUACAAAUAAAAUACAAACUAGGAUGAAAUUAAACUAGCUAUAUGUGCGACUUUGUCAUUUAAAAUCUGUAUGUAAUGCAUUCUCUAUAGGCGCACGAAAGAAGAAGAAGAAAACACCGUGGGUAUGUAUUGGUUUAGAGGUAUUUGUUGUUGUAAUUAUUUUUAUGUCGCUGACGGUGGGUAAUUUUGAAAUAUUUUUGAUUAAAUGUCGAAAAUGGUCCAGAGCUGUUUUAGGUUUAUUUUGACUGCCCUUUAAUUCUGAUCGCCUCUAAGAACUCGCGCAAACUGUUCAACCGAUCAGAAAAAAAUGCUGCUAAAUUAGUAUGACUAAGCGCGACUUAAUCACGAGAACUAUCCAGGGUUUAGGUUUGGCGAGACGGUGACGUGAAGGGAUCACAAUGCCCAUACACUUUAUGUCAUCAGCCGGAUAUUUGCAUUUGUGCGGAUUGGCUGUGAUGAUUGCUUUGGUUUUGCUUUUCUAAAGAUAUUCGAUGGAAAAUUGCACCAAUCGCAACCAUAUCUAUCUCUGUAGGUAAUCCCAUCUACCAGCGAGGUGUGCAGGUUUUGGACCUUGAGCCAAGUGACGCAUUAAACGCAACUCAAGACUCGUACCAGCCUCUUGUCGAAAACACAAGGGAACCUGGAGCGAGUGAGGACUAUCGAAGUCUUGAGAACGAAGAAGGAUGUGAUGAGAGGAAUGCUGUUUUUGUAGACCAAACAGGCUACGAAGGUCUUGCUCGGAGCCAGACACAUAAAUACCAAAGCUUAGCCAAGGUAGGAAAGAAAAAGGUACUCUGCUGCAGCAAUCUUAUCAUGGCUUUUAGCAACAUGUACGAGAAGAUACCAGGGAACAAUUAGUUACCGAUAAACUACUCAGUAUUUUAAAAUUACUCACCGAGAAUCUUAUGGCAUAAAAUUCUCAGUGAUACCAAGGACUUUUCAUGCCAUCUAGUUAUUGAAAAGUGUCAUCGCUUCUUAAAACUUGAUUCCUGAGUGUUUUUCCAUCUUCUUUUUUUUCUUUUCCACAGGACAAGGUAUGCAAAACGGAUCAAAGAAAAUCCGAUGACAUCGACCCCAAAAACUCGAGAAAGUCUAACACAAGUCGUUCAGAAACUGAUCAACGUUUUCCAGUUACUUUCCAGUCCAAAAGAGACCCUCUCGAUUCGCUGCGAAAUGUGAUCAAAUCAGCAAUUCCACUUAGACCUCACACAUCCCCCUUCUCCCCUAAUAACCACCAAGAAGGCGAUUCAACUCCUUUCGAUCAGUCUACAAAUGAGCCAUUGUACUAUCUCUUAGAGAGCCCAGGGAACACCGCUGGAAAGGGACCUGCCUGCAACGACACGUACCCAAAAGAAUCCAACUUGGUUCCUCUGCAAAUGCGAGGCGUUAUCGAAGAACUUAAGGCUGUUACUACCAGCAGGAGUGUCGAGUUUGACAGCACGAAAGAGGAGCCAAUGUAUCACGUCCUCGAGGGGCCAAAUCCUACACCAGACCGCAUGCGUAAUGUCAUUGGGGAGCUAAAAAGUGUCAAUGAAGCUAGCCAAAGAAGAGAAUCGUCAAAUGAAUGUAACACAGCUCGUCCAGAUGAUGAUUCUGUCUUUGUAGAUCCAAGAGACUCAGAAGAUGAAAAUAAAGGGUACAAAGACCCGUAG